AUGAAAAAAAGUAAUAUGUAUAUUGAUGCAAAAUAUGAAAAUUAUGGAUAUUCAAAUGUUGUAAGUAAUGAUGUAAAGAGUUCGUUAAUUGAAGGAGAAAAAAUUUCGAACAAAUUUCGAAAUAGAGGAUUGACAAGAGAUAAAAGAGCAACUAUAAAUUCCGUACUAGAUAAUAGAACUUUAAUUAUUUUGAAAAAAUUAAAAGAUAAUUUAUUAAAUGAAAUAUAUGGGGUUGUUAGUUCUGGAAAGGAAGCUUUUGUAUUUAAUUCACACAAAUAUUUAAAUGAUGAAGAAUUAAAUUUGAUCAAAGAAAUUAUAUUAAAGCGAAUAGAUAAAAAAGAGUGUAGGGAUAGUAUGAAAAAACCUAUUUGCAAAAAUAAAAAUAGCAAAAAUGAACAAGAUAAAAUAACUGAUGAAAGUGAAAUGUAUGAAAAUGAGGAAAAUGAAGAAGAAGAAGAUGAAGAAUGUGAGGAAUAUAAAGAAGAAAACGAAGAAUAUGAAAAAUGGAAAGAAGAAAAUUAUGAAAAUGAGGAAUAUGAAGAUUAUAAAAAUGAAGAAAGUGAAGAUUAUAAAAAUGAAAAUGAAAAUUAUGAAAAUGAAAAAUAUAAAAAUCAUAUACCUAAUAAUUUAUAUAAAAUAAACAAUAUAGAUAAUAAUUCAGAAAAAAGAGAGGUAAAUGAAUUAGAAAAUAUAAAACUACAAAGUAAGUCAGAAGAAACUUUUGAUAUAAUAAAUGAAAUGAGCAAAUUAAAUUACAAAAAUAUAGAAAACAAUCUAGAUAUUUUCAAUAAAAAAAAAGUAGCUAUAUCAUUUGCUACAAAAAUAUACAAUACGUCUAUUUUAGUAUUUAAAAAAAGAUCUCAAUAUAUUGAAGGAGAAUUUAGAUUUAGGAAUGCUUACACAAAAAAUACAAAUCCACGAAAAAUGGUUAAACAAUGGUCAGAAAAAGAAUUUCGAAAUUUAAGACGAAUCUUAAUUUGUGGUUUAAGAUGCCCUUAUCCUUUGGUUUUAAAAAGUAAUGUAAUUGUGAUGAGUAUGCUUGGAAAUUUAGACAAUGCAUGCCCCAAAUUAAAAGAUUUAAAUUUGAGUACAUUAAAAUGGAAAGAAUUAUAUAUUGAGUGCAUUUGUAUUUUAAGAUUAUUAUUUUGUAAUUGUAAACUUGUUCAUGCUGAUUUUUCAGAAUAUAAUUUAUUAUAUUUUUAUAAUCAUAUUUAUAUAAUUGAUGUUUCCCAAUCAAUGGAAAACGAUCAUCCUUAUUCUUUAGAAUUUUUAAAAAGAGACUGUUUAAAUAUAACUAAUUUUUUUAAAAAAUAUAUCAGUAAUAUUCAAAAUUAUGAAUCUAAUAAUAUGCAGUCAAAUGAUACAUAUAUUGAUGAUCAAAAGAACUAUAAUAACAUGGAAAUCUCAAAUAAUUCAUAUGCUAAUAAAAUAUCCUAUGAUUAUUUAAAAAGUCAUACAUUAAAUGAAAAAUCCGAUAAAUAUCUAAAUUUAAUUAACUCUUCAAGCGAAGAUUUUUACGACAAUAUACAAAUUUUACCUCUGAAACAUUUAUUCGAUUACAUUGUAUCAUCCUCUCUUCCACAAGAUGUAUUAUAUUUCUUAGAAAAGGACAAAAAGAAAAUUUCUUUAAAUUAUUUUGAAAUGAUUUACCUUCAAAUUUUUGGCUUAUUAAAAAACACUACUCCAAUACCUAAACUAAACUUAAAAAAAAUACAAAAAAAUAGAAUAUACUUUGAAAAAUUGAAGAGAGCUACAUGUUACUAUGUAACAAAAUUUUCUGCUCAAAAGCACUUAAAUCAGAAAAAUUCCGAUAAAGAACAAAUAGAGGAACAAAUCUUCUUAAAUUCAUGGAUCCCUUCAUAUUUAAAUGAAAUAAAGGAUAUCAAAACGAUUGAAAAAGACUUAAAAUUGUUAAAAAAAGGGAAAUCAUUAGCCAAUAAUUUCAUUUUAACUAGUAAUGAUAAAACAAAUAAUUACCAUAAAGAGAAUAGUUAUAUUGAGAAUAACUGUGAAAAUACAAAAAAAUACAACAAUGAAAUUAAUGAAAAUCAUCUUUUGAGAAAAAUUGACUUAAAUGAAAAAAAUGAAGAGCUUAAUUCACAAAGUAAACAAAAACCAGACAUUGACAAUAGAGAGCUUAAUGAAAAAGAAUAUGAAAGAAAAAACAAAGAAAAAAACACUACUGUAUUAAACGGGAAAAAUUUGUCUAUACCCCUUGAAAAGAAUUCAGAUUGUGAUCUUUCAGAUUCAUAUAAGUCUUCCAUAUUAAGUAUAUGUAAUUCUUGUUCAGAGAAUGAACAAGAACAAGCAAAAUUCAAAGGAAUAAUACCUGAAGGUGUUACAAGAAAAGAAUGGAGUAAAUUAGUGAAAGAACAGAAUAGAGAAAAAAGAAAACACAAAAUACCUAAAUAUCAAAAAAAAAAGAAGAAAAAAAAAGCUCACUUAAAAAAGAAAAAGUAA